AUGUCUAAACCAUUUCAAUCCAUAAGUGAUGUCAUAAACACAUCUCCAUCCAAACAUAAAGCUCAAUCAUUCCGAGAGAUUUAUGGAGAACCGGAGAAUUUUCUUGAAGUUGAAGUACGAAAUCCUCAAACUCAUGGAUAUGGAGGUGAUUUAUAUACUGAUUAUGAAAUCAUUUGUCGUACCAAUAUACCAGCAUUCACGAAGAAGAAUAGUAGUGUUCGAAGAAGAUAUAGUGAUUUCGUUACGUUUCGAAAAAUACUAGAACAAGAAACUACAAGAGUUGUUAUACCUCCAUUACCGGGGAAAAUUCUUUUAAAUUCAAAUAAAUUUAAUGAUAUCAAUAUUGAACAAAGAAGACAAGGAUUAGAAAAAUUCUUAACUACCGUUAGUGGUCAUCCAUUAUUACAAACUGGAUCUAAGACAUUGAUUGCCUUUAUUCAAAAUGAAAAAUGGGAAGCAAGAACAGCUUAUUAUUAA